AUGGCACUGAACAGUUGGAGGCAGUGGGCAAAACUCACUAAGAAACAGUUGCGACAGCUGGGAAGAGUCAUUGAUGAAGAGUUAGGUGGUGUUAUUGAACGAAAUCUACCUCGCCCUAAUGGUAGAUUAGUUAAGGUACCAGUUCCAGUACCAGUUAGACAAGCACCUCCAAAAUUCCGUGCUAGUGCCACUACGGUGAGCACUAGAGGUUAUCAUCAAAGCGCUCAUCAGUUUGUCCGUUCCAGAUUGGUCCGAACUGAUAUUAGGUUAGUUAAAUCGGUCCCCAGAGUUACUAUGUUUUCAUCUGCUCCCAGAGUUCCUAAUGGUGUUCCCCGUGGCCUCUUCACUAAUUGGAAUAUAAUUGGUAGAAAUGCAGGCCAAAGAAUGUAUUCUACGGCAUCUAUAAAGUUUACCCAUGAAGCUGUUAACAACAUGGCUGUUUCGCUACGUUGUUUUUUCAAUUCAUUAGAUGGGUUAAUACCUCCAAACAAUGGAAGCCAGUUAUCUGGUAGGUUCCCAGGACCUGUUCAUGGUCAAGCUAAGUUAUCCUCAAGAGAUGUUUCUUUAAUUCGUGAUAUGGAGCUUUUUGAAAUGAUUAAAUACCAUAAGAACGAGGCUCUUUUGGCUGAAGGUGAAGAAACUGUAGGUGCCUACGUGGAAUUCAAAGCUCCUCAAUUGGACAUGAAUAAAGCCAUUCCUCAAAAGACUUUUGCUAAUUCCCUAGCUCUUGAUGUAUGGAGAGACGAAAUUUGGAACUACACAAAUGAGCUCAAGAUAUUAGAACGCAAUGUCCGACGAAUAUACGAAAAUUAUGGGUCCUUACCGAUUACCACGACCAAGGACUCUAUUCGUAUUCAUUUCCCAACUUUAACUAUGCUUGAGACCGACAAGUUGAUAACAGAAUUAGAGAUUACGAUGGGGAAUGUGUAUCCUGACCCCCAAGGGCCUCCAAGUGAUAUUCUGUCGAAUCUCGAUGUCAGUAGCGACUCGGACUUUUCAUCAGUACUAUCACCGUCAAUCUCUAACGAGGCGUUUUCAUUAGUUUGA